AUGCUCCCACUCGUUUUCCGGGGGAGUAGUGAUAUGACUAUCAAGAGCUGGGAUUGGGAAAAAGGACGGAGAAAUGCAGUCACAUUCCAAGGUCAUACGCACUAUAUCAUGAACGUUGCCAACAAUACAAAGGAUCCACAGACAUUUGCUACCGCCUGCCUCGACCGCACCGUCAAAGUAUGGAACCUCGCGACCACCUAUCCAAACUUUACGCUCAAGGCGCAUGAACGCGGCAGUGUAAACUACGUCGAGAGACGACAGGACGAUCCGUGUCUAGGACCUCCUCUCCAAAUCGUGCAUCCAACCCCCCUAAGGCCACACCGCAAACAUUUCAAGCGAAGACAGCAUGGACAAGUUCGGGAACGCAGGCACUCCGUCGAGGUUAAAAAUGCCAGAGGCGCGGCUGGAGGGAAUGAGAUUGCAAUCGGGUAUGAUCACGUACUGGUCGUACUCAAGUUGAGCAAGGAUGAGCCGUCGUAUUCGCUCGACACGAGCGACAAGCUCAUCUAUGUCAAGGGCAGCGAAGCGGGGAUGUCAAUGCGUUUCAACAUUGUGGGCAUGGAUAUUGACAGAGAAAUUGGAGAGCUCAAGGUGCACAUCAAGCGGCUUGCAGGAGAUAACAGGGACCGCGACGGACAUCCGUAUGUAAAAUUUGGAGUGCUCGCCCGGGACAGCGAAUUUGAAUCUCUCAUUGGAGCGCUCAAAGUUGCCAUGCAGCGCAACAUAGUCCGCUACAAUGCCGAGCCUUUGCUUAAAGACGGAACUGAAGAUGUGGACAUUAUUCUGCUCCAGGAAUGA